CAGGGGCGGACUGACAACUCAUGGGGCCCCCGGGCAAUAGGGGAUCAUGGGGCCCCUGUGUCCUUGGACAAACUCAAAAAAAAGCCUAUGAAAAAGGUACCAGGGGCAUCUUAUGGGGCCCCCUACUGACCCCGGGCCCUCGGGCAGUGCCCGAGUUUCCAAAUGGUCAGUCCGCCCCUGCUCUGUACAUAAUGAACUCUUGGUAUUUAAUGCCCCUUUAAGACCCUCCCACUGUUAGUGAAAUUUGACCACACCAACUAUUUUAUGUAUGGCGUAAAUGAAAAAAUGCAGUACAAUACACAUUACAUCUUUGCAGAAAGUU